AUGAGUCUCCUUCAAGAUGUCCUCAGAUCACACACUUCAGACGCUCUUCAGCGUCACUUGGACAGCAUAAAUAUAUCAGGUCGCCCACCACCCACCGAUAACGACCACAACCACGAUUCAGACGGCGACGAUUUCAUCAAUGUUGUCUCUCUCCCAAACUCUCCAGGCGCAACAAGACCUUCCUCUCCAACCCGCAACUCGUCAAAACCAAUCAAGGGCCCAUUACUUCUCUCCAACGCCCGCAAAGACCCUCUGAGACGCUUCCCAACCGAAGUAUCCCAACGCAUCUUCAAGCACCUCUCCAUCUCAGACCUCGCACACUGCUCUCGCGUCUCCAAGAAAUGGAACAGAAGUCAGACCUUGAACUACGUUUGGUUCCAACAUUAUCGUAAAGAGAACUUUCACGACGAAUCCCUUCCACCAGGGAAAUGGACCAGGCGAGAAUCGAAACAGAACUGGCGCCUACUCUACAUCAAAACCCUCAAAGACCGAGAACCGCCCACCACCUUCUCCCGCGCCUCGAUGCAAACCUCACCUCUCCAAUCCGGCCAACAAACCCCCCGCGAACGACGGGAGGAACAAUGGCGCCAAGAAGCCGCUGCUGUGUCCAAGCCCGGCAAACUCGAAAUGCGGGAGAUGUACAAAGAACUCGGAGGGAGGAAAGCGAGGGGAAAGACCAAGUUGGGGUCACAGGGUGCGACGAGGGAUAAAGGUGGUUGGAAUGACAGCGAAGAUUGGUAG